GGCGCGGGCACAGCCCCGGUGCCCCGGCCGGCGCUGACGGACACGCGGCUCUGCGAGCCCCCCCGGCACCCGCGGGCCACCAUGGACCCCCAGAGCGACGCAGAGGGGGGGUCCGGCCGUGAGCCCCCGCUGGAGCUGCUGCCCCGUGUCCCCCUGCACGCUGCCCUGCCCGCCCCAGCGUGUCCGGCAGGGCCGGAGGGGCCGGGGCCCGAGGCGGGGGUGGACGCGGGGCUGGCGGCGGCGCGGGAGCAGCAGCUGCAGCGGGAGCUGGUGGCCCUGAAGCAGCAGCAGCAGCUCCAGAAGCAGCUGCUCUUCGCCGAGUUCCAGAAGCAGCACGAGCACCUCACCCGCCAGCACCAGGUGCAGCUCCAGAAGCACCUCAAGCAGCAGCAGGAGGCCCUGGCAGCCCGGCGGCAGCAGGAGCUGGAGCAGCAGCGGCAGCGGGAGCGGCAGGAGCUGGAGCAGCAGCGCCUGGAGCAGCUGCAGAGCCUGCGCCCCAAGGAGCGGGGCCGGGACAGCGCCAUCGCCAGCACGGAGGUGAAGCUGAAGCUCCAGGAAUUCCUGCUCAGCAAGACGAAGGAGCCGGGCCCCGGCCCCCCCAACCAUUCCCUCCCCCAGCACCCCAAAUGUUGGGCUCACCACACCUCGUUGGACCAGAGUUCCCCCCCCCAGACGGGCAGCCCGGGGACCCCCCCGUCCUACAAGCUCCCCCUCCUCGGCACCUACGACGGCCGGGACGAUUUCCCGCUCCGCAAAACCGCGUCCGAGCCCAACCUGAAGGUGCGCUCGCGGCUGAAGCAGAAGGUGGCGGAGCGGAGGAGCAGCCCCCUCCUGCGGCGCCGCGACGGCUCCGUGCUCAGCGCCUUCCGCAAGCGCCACGUGGAGAUCACCGUGUCGUCAGUCUGCAGCAGCGCCCCCGGCUCGGGGCCCAGCUCCCCCAACAGCUCCCACGGUGCCCACAACGGCCUGGCCGCCUCUGUCCCCAACAUCCACAGCGAGCAGCUCCUGCCCCAGCCCCGCGCCCUGGCCCUGGACGGGGCCCAGCUCAGCCUCUACACGUCCCCAUCGCUGCCCAACCUGUCCCUGGGGCUGCAGGCCACUGUCACCGUCACCAGCGCCCACCUCCCCGUGUCCCCCAAGCUGUCGCCGCAGGCGGAGGGCGAGCGGCCGGGGGUGCCCCCGGGGGUGUCCCCGCUGCGCCCCGGGGCCGCCCUCACCGGGAAGUUCCUGAGCACGUCCUCGAUCCCGGGCUGCCUGCUGGGGGUGGCCCUGGACGGGGGGGACACCCCCAGCGGGUCCCCGUCCCUGCUGCAGCACGUGCUGCUGCUGGAGCAGGCGCGGCAGCAGAGCACCCUCAUUGCUGUGCCCCUGCACGGGCAGUCCCCGCUGGUGGCGGCGGAGCGGGCCGGGGCUGCCCGCGGGGGGGGCAGCAAGCUGCCGCGGCACCACCGGCCCCUGAGCCGCACGCAGUCCUCGCCCCUGCCCCAGAGCCCCCAGGCGCUGCCCCACGGGCCCCUGCAGCAGCACUUCCUGGACAAGCAGCAGCUCCAGCUGGCCAAGCUGCUCCCCAAGGGGGCGGAGCUGGCACGGCAGCCCCCCACGCACCCCGAGGAGACGGAGGAGGAGCUGACGGAGCAGCAAUCGCCCCCCCCGGGGGACAGGGGCCCCCCCAUCGCCCUGGUGUCCCCAGAGGCCCCUGGGGACCCCCCGGAGCAGCCCCAGGAGCCCCAGGGCUGCCAGGAGCCAGGGGACAGCGGGGACGAGGCCCCUGGGGACCCCGACGUCACCGAGCUGGGGGUCACCUACAAGCAGGUGUACCCCGAGGCGCCGCUGCAGCUCUUCCCCGCGCCCCCCCUGGGCGUCCUGGCUCUGCCCCACGCCGCCCUCGCCCGCACGCAAUCGUCCCCGGCCAGCGUGAAGCCCCCCCAGCCCGAGGGGCCCCCCAAGCACCUCUUCACCACAGGUGUGGUGUACGACACGUUCAUGCUGAAGCACCAGUGCACCUGCGGCAACACCACCAUCCACCCCGAGCACGCCGGCCGCAUCCAGAGCAUCUGGUCCCGGCUGCAGGAGACGGGGCUGCUGGGCAAGUGUGAGCGGAUCCGGGGCAGGAAGGCGACGCUGGAGGAGAUCCAGACGGUGCACUCGGAGCACCACGCGCUGCUCUACGGCACCAGCCCGCUGAACCGCCAGAAACUGGACAGCAAAAAGCUGCUGGGUCCCAUCACCCCGAAGACGUACGCGGUGCUGCCGUGCGGGGGCAUCGGGGUGGACAGUGACACGGUGUGGAACGAGCUGCACUCGUCCAGCGCCGUGCGCACGGCCGUGGGCUGCCUGCUCGAGCUGGCCUUCAAGGUGGCCGCAGGGGAGGUCAAGAACGGCUUCGCUGUCAUCCGCCCCCCAGGCCACCACGCCGAGGAGUCCACGGCCAUGGGCUUUUGCUUCUUCAACUCAGUGGCCAUCUCGGCCAAGCUGCUGCAGCAGCGGCUCAGCGUGGGCAGGAUCCUCAUCGUGGACUGGGACAUCCACCACGGCAACGGGACCCAGCAGGCCUUCUACAGCGACCCGCACGUGCUCUACAUCUCCCUGCACCGCUACGACGACGGCAACUUCUUCCCGGGCAGCGGCGCCCCCGAGGAGGUGGGCAGCGGGCUGGGCGUGGGCUACAACAUCAACAUCGCCUGGACCGGCGGCGUGGACCCCCCGAUCGGGGACGUGGAGUACCUGACAGCCUUCAGGACGGUGGUGAUGCCCAUUGCCAAGGAGUUCUCCCCGGACCUGGUGCUGGUCUCUGCCGGCUUCGACGCCGUCGAGGGCCACCUGUCCCCUCUCGGUGGCUACUCUGUCACCGCCAAGUGUUUCGGGCACCUGACCAAGCAGCUGAUGAUGCUGGCGGGCGGCCGGGUGGUGCUGGCGCUGGAGGGGGGACACGACCUGACGGCCAUCUGCGACGCCUCCGAGGCCUGUGUCACCGCCCUGCUGGGCCUCGAGCUGGAGCCCCUGGACCCAGCCCUGCUGCAGCAGAAGCCCAACGCGAACGCGGUGGCCACGCUGGAGAAGGUCAUCGAGAUCCAGAGCCGGCACUGGGGCUCUGUCCGGCGCUUUGCCGCCGCCGUGGGCCGGUCCCUGCUGGAGGCGCAGCGUGGGGACACCGAGGAGGCCGAGACGGUGACAGCCAUGGCCCUGCUGUCCAUGGGGGCCGAGCACGGCAGGACAGAGCCACAGGCCAGGCCAGCAGAGGAGCCCAUGGAGGCCGAGCCCACGCUCUGACCCGCCCGCCUCAUCCACCAAACCAAGGAACACCUGGAAAAGAUGAAAAAACACACAAAGAAAAAAAAAAAAAAAUCACAGUAAAAGGAAAAAA